GCAUGGCGGCCACGCGCGCUGCCGCACGACCAGCGCUCAGGCUCCUGCUUAGCCGCGGCCUGGCCCCUCGCUAUGCCCCGCCGUGCCUGCCACAGCCGGCCCGCGCAGGCAGCGUCGACAUCCGGAGCCCCUGCGGCGGAGUUAGGAGCGGCUCCCACGUCCGCAGCUGGGAGAGCGGGGCCGGGGUGGUGGGGGAGGACCGAGAGGAGCCCGAGGAGGAGGAGGAGGAGGAGGAGCUGCUGAGCCGGGAACCACUGCUGCCCGCUGCGGCCCAGCGCGUGUGCGUCCUGCAUCCUGACGUCAGGGGCCGCGCCGGAAGGAAGGCGCACGACACAGAGUGUCAGGUGGCGGAGGCUGCCGCGCUGGUGCGCGCAUUGCAUGGCUGGUCGGUGGUGCGGACCCUGGUGGUGCCCACGGGGGUCCCAGACAGUAAGUUUGUCUUUGGCAAAGGAAACUUCCAGGAGCUGACGGAGAAGAUCAAGGGAUCUGUGGACAUUACGUGUGUGUUUCUGAAUGUAGAGAGGAUGACGGCUCUGACCAAGAAGACCCUGCAGACUGCCUGGGGCGUCCAUGUGUUGGACAGGUUCACUAUCGUACUGCACAUAUUCCGCUGUAAUGCCCGCACCAAGGAGACCCGGCUGCAGCUGGCUCUGGCGGAGAUCCCCCUGCUCAGGUCUACCCUGAGCAGCUGCUCUGCCCGACUGGACCAGCAAGGAAGGGGUUCACGGUACAUCAUGGGGUCAGGAGAGUCAUCCACAGAGCUGUGCCAACGGGCACUGAAGGAGAAGGAGGCGAAGAUCAGGCGAGCGCUAGAGCGGUUGCGGGAUAAGCGAAGUGUGCUAAGGAAGCAGCGCUUGCGGCGCGAGUUCCCCAUUGUGUCUGUCGUCGGCUACACCAACUGUGGGAAAACCACGCUCAUCAAGGCCCUGACGGGGGAGGCCACUAUGCAGCCAUGUGACCAGCUGUUCACAACCCUAGAUGUCACAGCACAUGCAGGGUUGCUGCCGUCAUGCAUGCCCAUCCUGUACAUGGAUACCAUUGGCUUCCUAUCACAGCUGCCGCACAGCCUGAUCCAGUCGUUCUCCACCACGCUGGAGGACGUGGUGCAUUCGGAUGUUAUCCUGCAUGUGAGGGACAUGAGCCACCCCAACACAGAGCAACAGAAGGCCAGUGUCUUGUCUACACUGCGAGGUCUGCAGCUGCGGCCUGCGCUCUUGAACUCCAUGUUGGAAGUUCACAACAAGGUGGAUCUGGUUCCUGGGUACAGGCCCCCAGGGCACCACGUCCUGGCCGUGUCUGCACUCCUGGGCCAUGGGCUAGACAAGCUGAAGGCGACACUGGAGGAGUUGGUUCUGCAGGCCACUGGCCGGCAGGUGCUCACCCUCUGCUUACGGCUUGGGGGACCCCAGCUCUGCUGGCUGUACAAGGAGGCCAAGGUGCAGCAGGUGCAGGAGCUACCCAAUACUGACAAGGCCCAUGUGACCAUUAUCAUCAGCCAAGCCACCUAUGGCCGUUUCCGGAAGCUGUUUCCUGAGUGACAGCCUGGACUGGGGUGUGGAUACAGAUUGUGGCCAUGGUGUUGUCCCACCACUUUUUCUUUCCCAGCUGUUUCCUGAGUGACAACCAGAACCAGAUGUGGAUCCAGCUCGUGGGAGGGUGUUUGUGGGUGGCCCCAUGUAGUCCUGCCCCUUCCUCCCUCCCAGACUGACUGGUGUUGGUGGAGCGGCGGGACAGCUGCUGAGUCACGACAAUUUCUUUGCGGCAUGUAACCCAGAAACAGCAAAAAGCUGUCUUAAAUUUUUUUUCCCGCCCGCAUGGCUUUACCAGAAAUAAUUACACGGAAACUGUAUUCUUUUGAACACUGCCUAGCCCAUUAGUUCCAGCCUCUUAUUGGCUAGCUCUUACAUAUUGAUCUAACCCAUUUUUAAUAUUCUGUGUAGCACCACGAGCUGGCUUACCAGAAAAGAUCUUAACCUGCCUCUGUCUGGAGUGGGAGAAUCAUGGCGACUCACUGACUCGGCUUCUUUCUCCCAGUAUCCUGUUCUGUCUACUCCGCCUACCUAAUUUUCUGUCCUAUUAAAGGGCUAAGACAGUUUCUUUAUUUAACCAAUAAAAUUAACUCCUCCAUCAGACUGGCAGCUCAUUAAAGCAGUAUUUGCAUUUUGUUCCCUC